AUGGUUCUGAGAGGUGGUAAGGGAAAGAUUAAAACAAUUACCGCCGUUGCGAUCCCCCGUUAUCAGGAAUCGAAACGAGCAUGCUGCGCGAACACUUUCUCCCCGACUUCCAUCGGUAAUCAGCAGCAGGACAAUCGUAACCAGCCGACGAUUAGAAAGCCGAAAGAGAACUGCGACCUGAGAAAGUGCAAGUACGCCAAAUCCCAAGCGGAGGCCUCGUACUGUAACACUCAGAGGCUCCUGGACAAGAUUCAGAGCUUGAAGAAGAGCAUCCAGAACUUGGAGACCGCCCAGUCGAGCAUCAAACAGGAAAGCAGUAAAACGAAGGACGUCCUCAGUCAAACCGAAGAGCAAAAGGUGACUGACUUGAACAGUGCCAGGGAAGUCUUGAACAACUGUAUAAGACAGAUGACGAAGUUGAAAGCGUUUUUGGAGGACGAGAAUUGUUGGUGGAGGAUGUUCAAGAACAUGGAGUUCGAUUGCUGCGACCAGAAGCUGCCUCAUCUUCACGGAUACUUGGAUGGGACUAUGGUUACGUUGAAGAUGUUGGAGGAAAAGCUCGACACUGACGAUAAUUUCAAAACUUCAACGCCCACGAAAUCGAACUCCAUAACGUUUACGAACCCUAAAGUAGCAUCUGGCCAGAGGAGGGAGUACGAAGAAUAUUGCACGAACAAUUUAGAGAACAACAGGACAAAAUUUAAGGACUCUGGCAUUGGGCCAAGUCUGAGCUUCCAAUUAGGUCGUUCAAAAAGCCACGAGUCUUGCCAACGACACUGUCCCUUUUCCUGUACGCCCGAAAAUCCACGAUGUAAUAACCUUGCUACCAAGAACGAAGCUACGAUCGAUCCGGAGUCUCCAGAUGCCGAAGACAUAGUGGAAAGGUUCAAGGGGACGGUGCCUAGGCUCAGUUCUAUGGUCAAGCUACCGAACGAAACGCAUGCUGGAAUGAACUCGGCUGGUCGCAGGGACAAGUCGAGACUCAGGGCAACGUUCAGCAGUGAGAACACAGCAGGCAGGAAGAUUAGCGUUGCUGACAUUAGCACUUCGAUGGAUUUGAUCCUGAAGGAGCCCUCCACGAACACCGGAGCUUCGACCCAGGGUCUGAGGGGAACGGCUUUGAAAAUCUUCGCGCUCAGGUCCAGUAGGACGAACACGAGGAACGAGAAGCCUAGGAGCAAAGAAACCGAAACGCAAAUAUAA